GACAAGCAUACAUUCACCAUUCCCCUAUACAACUUGUAACUUUACCACCAUGGAGGCCCUCCGUCUACGCAAGAAAUACCCUGAAGUUACGCAAGAUGAGAUGUUCGAUCUCAUCAAUCGCUUUAAUGCGAUUAAUACCGACACCCCUGGACGGAUAGACAAGAACCAAGUACUUCAAGUACUACAGGCAAAUGGAGAGUCGUAUGACAAGGCUCGAGAAACGUUGAAGCAAGUCAGCGUCGAUGCUAGUGGCAAGCUCGAAGUAGAAGAUUGGGUCGAGCUGAAUGUCAAACUAAGACAACAGCCAACCUCAUCUAUACUUCCCUCGAAAGGCGGAAAGGUCACUAUGCAUGGCUCCAAUGCUACUGUCAGCCAUACCAUCAACCAGGAUGAAUUGGCUGAGUUCACAAAUCAUAUCAACGCAGUUCUCGAGGGUGAUCCAGACUUGGGUUCACGAAUUCCCAUUCCGACAAAUACAAUGCAACUAUUCGACGAAGUACGAGACGGUCUCAUCCUGUGUAAACUGAUCAACGACUCCGUGCCCGAAACCAUCGAUCCUCGAGUACUGAACAAGCCUACUGGAAGGAAGCCGUUGAACGCUUUCCAGAUGACAGAGAACAAUAACAUUGUCAUCACAUCUGCAAAAGCUAUCGGUUGUUCCGUGGUGAACAUUGGCUCAAACGACAUCAUUGAGGGCCGUGAACAUCUUAUUCUUGGGCUCAUCUGGCAAAUCAUACGAAGGGGUCUGUUGAGUCAAAUUGAUAUCAAGAUUCACCCAGAACUCUACCGAUUGUGCGAGGAGGACGAGACGAUUGACGACCUUCUGCGAUUGACUCCUGAUCAAAUCCUCCUCCGAUGGUUUAACUACCAUCUUAAGCAAGCAGGUUGGAAACGCAGAGUGAACAACUUCAGUCGAGACGUCUCCGAUGGUGAAAACUACACUGUUCUGCUUAACCAAUUGAAGCCCAGUGACUGUUCACUUGCGCCUUUACAAACCCACGAUAUCCGUCAGCGCGCCGAGGAGGUCCUCCAAAAUGCUGCCAACAUUGGUUGCCGCAAAUACCUCACACCUGCUUCUCUCGUCUCCGGAAACCCGCGUUUGAACCUUGCAUUCGUUGCCAACUUGUUCAACAAUCACCCAGGUUUGGAACCUCUCGACGAGCAGGAAGCAAAAGAUUACGGCGUAGUCGAGGAUUUCGAUGCAGAAGGCGAACGCGAAGCCCGUGUAUUCACUCUCUGGCUCAACUCGCUUGGUGUCGAACCCGGCGUCUUCAACCUCUUCGAGAACAUCAAAGAUGGUCUCAUCAUCCUUCAAGCAUUCGACAAGAUCGUCCCUGGCAGCGUAGUGUGGCGUCGGGUUAGCAAGCCUAAAGAGGGUGCUAGCGCGGCUUAUGUCGCUGAUACUGGUGAAGGAGAGGAGGAGGACAUUGGUGUUACUCCCAACCAAUCGAAGCUGUCCCGAUUCAAGCAGGUUGAGAAUUGCAACUACUCCGUUGAUCUUGCGAAGCAGAAUGGCAUGCAUUUAGUCGGCAUCCAAGGUGCGGAUAUUGUGGAUGGAGCUAAGACUCUUGUGCUUGGGCUCGUAUGGCAACUCAUGCGGUUAAAUAUUACGAAGACUCUGAGUUCAAUAUCGAAGGGUCGACCCAUCAGCGAUACUGAAAUUCUCAAGUGGGCGAAUACGACGGCACAGAAGUCUAAGCCAAGCAUUAGGCCGAUCCGAUCCUUCAAGGAUCCUUCGCUUACCACCGGUCUUUUCCUUCUCGACCUGUUGGAGGGUCUGCGGCCUGGAGUCGUGGAUCCUACCCUUGUAAACAAUGUUAGCGAAAAUGGGGAUUAUGAGCAGAAACGUCAAAAUGCGAAAUUGGCCAUCUCUAUCGCACGUAAACUGAACGCUCUGAUUUUCCUGGUUCCCGAAGAUAUCGUCGAUGUUCGACCACGUUUGAUUAUGACCUUCGUGGGCAGCUUGAUGAGCCUCGGACAUGCUUGAUCGCAUACUAAUCGGGAUAAUCCUGACACUGCAGAAGAAUUCGUAGUACCUUAUAGCCAUUAUAUCGACUUGUAGCAUGUAGCUGGUCCUUGGAAUUAUCUGAUGUUCUUGGGGUGAAAGGGGAGAAAUGGAGCAUUGAAAAUAUGACGCCAUCGCGGUUCUUAUUGGUGCAACUGCCAACGACUGGCUACUCAUUGAUUUGAAUCCUCAUUUGUUUCAUUCAAACCAUCAUCAUGUCGUAUGUGAAGAAUGACUCAGGCAAAUCCUACCACUU